AUGAAGGCACUUAAGAUACAUGCGUUGCACUUGCUGCGAGUGAAGCGAAAAGCCUCAAGGCUGCAUCGGAACCUCCUCGUCCGCUCACCCAAGUCAUGGCUCUCCAACAUGAAAGCAAAGCUCACUGCAGAGAUUGGCUCCGUCUGUUUUAUGCAGCCAACUAUUAGUCAGAAACGUCGUGGACCUCCGAAAGUCAAACUGUUAAGAGUUCACAAGCAUGCACGACUGAAUAGCUUGUUUGACACGACUCAGAAGCACCAAGUUUUGAUUUCCGCCACCGGCAGCCUUCCUUUAAAAGCACAAGCUAUUGAUCUUAGAGAUACAGGGAUAGACAAUGAAGAAUAUAGUCGAGCCUCAGAGCAGGCUCCACAAAACGUCUUCGGGCUCUGCAGAAGUCCGCGCAACAAUAUGUUGCGACGGUUGGCAGAAAAGGGAUUUGUGUUGUGCACUGUAGUCCUGAGGAAGGACGCACACGUCGUUGACCGCUGCGAGGACUUGCCAGUUGAUGACAUUCACACAAUGCAAGCAGUUCAAAAGAUCCACGAGAACCUGGCUGAUCCAUCUUUGCCUAUGCUUGGGUAUGUCCCCACGACACUUCCUGCCGAAAGUCCCCAGAGACUCUUAACUAUCUUGAAGGAUCUAGAGCGAACUGUGCCACCCGCCACAUUUGAAGAGGCAAUUAAUGACAACUGCGUGACUCACAUUUCACAGGAGCUCCGGGAAGUUGAGAAUUCUCAUAUUCUUGAGCUGUGGAAUACGGCUGAAAUGAAGAAAGCUGUGAAUUCCGAGCUGCUUCUGAGGUCGAUGGUCAAGUUCGCGCAUUUCAAUUUAAGGGAGAUCGCACCGGAGAGUGCGCCCGAAUACCGUCUUUCUCUCAUAAAACUUGCAAAUAAGUGGACUCGGACAACGGAGCUUAUUCGAAAGUUCAAUGAGGCAGUUGCUUCAUGUCCAAGCCCCACAAUCCGGCCGGUAUACUUCCCUCAGUACGAAAGCAAGAUUCUCCCUCUCCCUCAUGAGUCCGUAUCCGACCUCCUUUUCCAGCUUAGGAGGCUCUUAAGCAUCGAGAUCCCACCUAUCCACAGGCUUCUUAUUGGAGGGGCCUAUCUUUUUUCCUUUACUCUGAACCAACGGGACAUUGCUGAGGGUACCGGCAGGCGGGAAAUUUCAAGCUUAGUACAAGAUAUAUGCAAGCUGCUGACUGAUUUUGCAUCACUCCAUCUUCAGCCAAAGGCAAAGAGCUAUGUAGAAAAGUAUUUGCAAGAAGUUUCUGAGACUGCGAAUCGCCUGUUGGACAUUGCCUUGAACACCCAAGUCCAGUGGAGAUUGAUACGUACUAUUUUGGUCACUCCUUUUUGGAUUUUCGCCUUUGGACGGCACUGCGGGCCAGCAGACAAGCAGACUGCCUUCGAGCUAGGUUAUGGGCUCUGCCCCUACCAUCUACUAUCUUUUUUCUUCAAAGAGGCGGCAGCCGAAGCUACAAAACAGCCAGGGCUCCAGAACUGGGCUAUACGGUUUAUUGGGAAGUGGGCUAAGUCUAUUGAAGCCCGGACGCUCCCGGAGAUGGCUGGAGAGCCCACUGAAGUGUUCCUCGAGCAGCAGGUGCAAAAUUUGCCUCAGCUCCAUCCAGACCUAUUCUAUAGUAGAGGUGGCAAGGUAUUCAAAGUGUCUCCUUUUCAAAAGUAG